GUGGAGGAAAGAAAACUAAAACAAAAAAACCCCCGCCCUCCCUCUUAAAACUUCUAAUGAAGACCAAAAUCAAGAAAAAUAAAAGACAACGCUAUACUGCAAAAUAAAAUAAAAUACAUACAAUAUUUACAUAACUCGUUAAAAAUAAAUACAAAAAAAUACGAUUUUUUUUUUUGUGCAAAGGAAUUAUAAGGAAGCAGCGGGAACAUUUCAAACAAAGACUCUUCAUACUUAUUUGUUUGGUUCACGAUGUUUCGCGACCAGGUUAGAGUGCUGGCCGGUUGGUUCAAGGGCUGGAAUGAGUGCGAGCAGACGGUGGCGCUGCUGUCGCUGCUGAAGCAAGUGAGCAGGACUCAGGCACGCUUUCUGCAGCUCUGUCUCGAGCACUCUCUUGCGGACUGCACCGAGCUGCAGGUGCUGGAGUUAGAAGCGAACAACCCUGUUCUGAUCAGCCAGUGGCAGGGUGAACCCAAGGAGCGGGUCCUUUCUCUGGUGCUGACCCACCUGCCCCUGCUGCAGCCGGGCAACGUUGAGGCCAAGGGGGAGUACAUGCAGCUGCUGCCCAAUAUCCUGGCGCACUCCAUCGAGCACGGGCGCCACCUGGAGGAGAGCCGGCAGCUGCUGUCGUACGCACUGAUACACCCGGCCACGUCUCUGGAGGACCGGGCAGCGCUGGCGCUGUGGCUGAACCACCUGGAGGAGCGUGCUGCCGCACGGGCAGACUCUCUGGAGCGUGCCCAGACCCCUCACCACCUCUACCCUCACCACCAGCGGCACGGCUCAGACGACCGGCUCAACGGCUGGCAGAGCCCCCGGGACUCGGGCUUUGGCGGGGGCGGCUGGCAUCAGCAGGGGUGCGAGAACGGGCACCUCUCCCUCUACCCCUCCACCUCCGUGCCAUCCACCAUCAAUGCCCUCGGCACUGCCAGCAGCGCCAACACCAUCCUGCCCGGUGGGCACAGCGGCCAGCAUAGCCCCCUCAAGCGUUCGGUGUCCCUCACCCCCCCGAUGAGCGCUUCAGAGCGGCAGCCCCUCGGACACGGCUGGCUGUCCCAGGAGGACCUGCGCUCGCGAGGCCCCGUCCCCGCCGACCACGCGCCCCUGUCCCCCCAAAGCAGUGUGGCGUCCUCGGGCAGCGGGGGCAGCGAGCACCUGGACGAGGGCCUGCACAUGAGCGGCAUGGCACACUGCACCACAUUCCACGAGGAGGGCAGCGGCAUGAGGGACGUGCCAGCCUGGUUGAAGAGUCUCCGUCUCCACAAGUACGCAGCUCUCUUCUCAACCAUGACCUACGAUGAGAUGAUGUCACUGACAGAGAGGCAGCUGGAAUCGCAGAACGUCACCAAAGGAGCGCGGCACAAGAUCGUCAUCAGCAUCCAGAAGCUGAAAGAGCGGCACAUGGUGCUGCGGUCCCUGGAGAAGGACGUCCUGGAGGGGGGCGGUCUUCGCGCCCCUCUGCAGGAGCUGCACCAGAUGAUCCUGACGCCCAUCAAGGCCUACAGCGGAGAGGAUUUGGAACAGCGGCCCCUGCCAGGCUCCGAGGGGAAGGGCAUCACCCUGUCAUCGCAGCUGGGAGGGGGUGAGGGGGAGUCGGGGGGCGUGCUCAUCUCAGAAGGGGAUCUCCCUGCACAGUUCACACGAGUCAUGGGAAAAGUGUGCACUCAGCUCCUCGUCUCCAGAGCCGAUGAAGAGAACAUCAGCUCCUACCUGCAGCUCAUAGACAGAUGUCUAAUCCACGAGGCCUUCACAGAGACGCAGAAGAAGCGCCUGUUGUCAUGGAAACAGCAGGUGCAGAAGCUUUUCAGGUCGUUACCGCGGAAAUCCCUCUUGGACAUGGCAGGGUAUCGGCAGCAGAGGAGCCGUAGCUACUGUCAGUCCAACUCCCUGCCGACAGCGGGCUGCGUGGGGGGAGGGGUGAUGUCGCGGCGGAGCCCACGGCAGUUCCAGGUGCCAUCGCGCAGCCUGCCCGGAGUAAGGCUCGGCUUGCUGGGAACCAGCAGCAUCCUGGGGGCAUCCCAGCGCAGCCCUGCCAGCACUCUUAGUGGACACAAGCAGGGCAGGCAGGGCCUGUGGUUUGCCAACCCUGGGGGUAGUAACAGCAUGCCCAGCCGGACUCACAGCUCGGUGCAGCGCACACGUUCACUGCCCGUCCACACCACGCCACACAACAUGCUCCUGUUCCAGCAGGCUGAGUUCCAGGUGCCAGUGACAGAACCAGAUAUCAACAAUCGCCUGGAAUCCUUGUGCCUGAGCAUGACCGAGCAUGCGUUGGGAGACGGUGUUGACCGGACAUCGACCAUCUGAGGCCAUAGAGAGAGGAGGGCCAGGGAGACAGUGCUGGCCGUGAGUCAUAGGAGAGGUCACCCAGGGGUCAAGAAGGGUCGCCUGCCCGCCGUCACCUGGACAGCCAACCAAGCAGCGUUCACCACUUACUAGCUCCUUGUUUGUUAUUCUCCAUUUUUAUUCUUCUCAAUUCGUAAGAAUUUUUUAUAAACAAAAUCUAACAAGUUAACAAGCACCAGGCUUUUCAGAAGAUAUCAGAAACGGCCCCUCUCCACCCCAAGACUCCAAGGUAUCCAUGGAAACUGCGAGCAGCUCCAGUGGAACAGUCGUCUCGUAACUUACCUCUGAAAUUAGAAUGGUGGCUGCAAGUGUGGGGGGGGGGGCAUCAGACAGGAAGCCAUGAACCUGUGUGACCAAAUACUGCGAGAGAAAGAGCAGACACACUUCAAUUCACAGAAGAGGUCAACUCCCCCGAAAUCAAGCAGUGAAACAACCUAACUAGCAUGUCUUUUGGAUAAAGAAUAAGACAGUGGGAGAAACAGUGCUUUGUAUAGAUGGUAAAAGCAAAUAUAUAUAUAUUUAAUUAUUGUUUACAUAAAAAUGCCAAUAUUAAGGGUACCGAAACAUUUAUAAAAGUUCAGGUAUGAAUGUUGUUCUUUUAUUUUUUUGGACAGUGUUAUUGUAAAUGCUUACUGUUUUAUAAUUUUCUUACAGUAGAUAUUAACUGAUGCUUUUUUUUGUGUUUGUUUUGUUGUUUCCAGCCAGCAGCAAAGCUGUGUGAAAAUGUUGUUGUUGUUUAUUUGUAGAAGCUCAAGGGUUGAGCUGAAAAAAUAAGGGAUAGGCUAGGUGUUUGAAAGAGCGAGGGAAUUGUGAUGAAAGAGAAAAGAAGACGAGAGAGAGAGGGGGGGACGACAACGACAAUGCAGUUAUUUAGUUUCUAUGAAGCUGGAUCCUGUGUGCUCAGUGCUGUUGAAUCCCUCACUUUUAGCCCCAUUGACAUGGUUCAGAGCUGGCCAGAGUCAGUUGUCUUUAGUGGUGUGGCCCGUGGUUAAUUAUCUGAAGGGUUGGACUUUAGCAGCAAGCGAGUCCACGGCUUUCAUUGGUUAAUGUUUCUCAGCACAAUUCGGGCCAGUGCUUCUGCUCAUCAGAAGGAAGGCAACUUAGAACCAGGCACCAAUGUCUUCUAAUGUUCUUGAAUGGAUCCAUCUGAUUGGCUGAGCAGAACCAUAUGAUUUAUGGAAGGUCGGCAGAGGGCAUUCAAGGAGCCCCAGGCUGCCUAGGAGGUUGAAUCCUUUUGGUCAGCGUGCGGCUGUAAAAGUGAAUGAAUUCCAUGGUGUUUUUUUAACUCACUUGUGCACAUGUGUUUAAACUGCAGCCGUCUGUUCAGAGGAUGAACUGCGGUGGUCGAGAGAGAGAGAGUGAGGGAAGUGGAGGAGGAAGAGAAAGAAAGAAAGGCAGGUCUAAUGAAGGUGUAAUGAGAUGGAGUUACAGUAAGUUUCAGUAUUAUUGAAUUGAACACCCCUUGAGAAGGGGAACAUGCUAUGGAAUCCUACCUAUAAUGCCUGUGUUUCCAUUAGGCACUGGAAAUCACAAACACAUCCCUCUAUGUGCUACUGUUUCCAGUCAGUGCUUGAGACAGCAUUGCUUAGCUUUAAACUCAUUCUCCUGGAGAAGAGGUGACCUCUGUGUGUCUCUGCUUUUCCCUGGGAGUAUUCCAAAUGUUUGUGAAUGUCCCAUACGAGUUGUCAAGCAGAAACUAGGCCUUAGUGAGUCAAAUCCAGUAGACUACAGGGGCCAUAGGUUUUUUUUUUCUUCUGGACUUCAAAUGAAGUCCAGUUCAAGUGCCAAAAGUAUUAAAAUACUCUGAGUUCUCAAAUGUACGACUGGGGGUGAAGUUACCCAGGUAUGCAGGGUCAUUCAGAGGUCAGGGAUAAUACUGCCUGUAGAAUUUUCUUAAAGUAAAGCAGGGAGUUUUAUUUCAGUGUAACCCCAUGAUUUCAAUGAAAUCUCCUGUAUCUUUCCUGCAGCUCACUGAACAGCUGUAAUCACUCCUGAGGCCACUGCAUGUCAUAUUGGCCCUCUGUGAUGACACUGAAGAUACAGCAGGGGGUGCUCAAUGUUAACGGCUGUGAAUGUGCUGUUAAUCCUGACUUGUGAAUAACCCUGUGUUGUUCAGAAGGAUACUGAAGGUAGGGGUUUGGAACUGUUUCUGAAAAACUCACACAAGAGACACCGAAAUUGAGGAGAAGUCCUUAAAACUAUUUUCAGAUUCAAAUUAUUAUUUAUUUCUUUUUCGAUUACUGUUGCAGAGGUAGCUAUUAUAUUCGUUGGAUGUAUUAUUUAAGAUACCCUAUGUAAACUUGCUAUGGCUGGUGACCAUAAGUGCAUCUCAGAUAUUAGCAUAGUUACGUUUUUUAUUUUUAAUUUUGAAAUAUAAUCUCUUAUAUUAAAGUUAUAGGAUAAGAAAAAUGACAUACCAGUUUUUCUGUCGGAUUGUUGUGCUAUCUUGAGGUUCAGAUGAGAGCAGCCACUGUGCUUCACUAAAACACAAGAAGCAAGUGGAGGGAACUUGCCACUGGUCAGCUUAGCAGGGUCCCAGCGUCAGGGUGGGGUGCUGCGUCUAAGUGCAGGCAGCAAGGAGCAUUGAUGCGUUUAUUCCAUCUGUAAUCUGGAAGCCAGCCAUUUGGCUGUAUAGCCUACUCAACAAUAGCCUAUAUGUAGCCUAAAGUAAAGGUUAGCAUUAUUCUAGGCUAUUCCUGAAACUAUACAACAUUCAAUUGACCAAAUGUGCUUUAAAAUGUUUUACUAAUUAUAUAUCAAGGGUAGUAUACCAAAAGAGCAUCAUUACUUAGUUUGUUUUUUGUAUUUUGAGACGCAGCAUGCCAUUUUGAUUGCUGAUGUCUGUAUACUAUACUGUGCCAAAACUUUGAUAUGCAAAGACAGUAAAAGUGCGGCUAGCGCUUGCCGCGCAAACUACAAAUACUGUAAGCAAGCAAUAUGGUGUGCAAACACCAAAAAGGAAUAUUUCUCGCAUACUACCCUCCGUACACAUGUUACCUGUAUAUGUGUAUUCGUGUGUGCGUGUGUGUGCCACUUGUGAUGUCGCUAGGUCCGUUAGAAUCACUGCAGAGGCUCCAGGUGUGGCCUCAGUAUCUUCGUGCAAUAGCAGUGCACUGCCUGGUCCACAGUCCUGCACCGCCAGACCACCCCCUCCUGGCAAAAAAUCGAAUACAUGUAACUGCUGGCAUCCUGCUGCUGUACUGUUAUUUAGCAAGCAUGUUUAUCCAGUGUGCCACGGUAUAGCUAAGGGCUCCCAGGAAAUCAAAUAAAGAAAUACUGGGAAUCCGCACUUUACAGGAACUCUACUUAAAGAACAUGGUGUAUUUUUUAUUUGUAUUUUUGGUAUAUUUUUUAUUAAACUGAUACCAUAGUUUAUUACUCAUCUGAUCACUACAGUCUGAAGUACUACACUGCUACAGUGAAAAUACUACACUUCAUGCUAAUGAGAAAUAGUUGAGUCAAUCCAGAAUCCGAUUGUAGUAGAAUGCGCAGAAACCGUUGUGAUUUCCUGCAGUUUAACUUCCUGUGUUUCCCCCGGGCUGUCUCUUAAGGGCCUGUAUUGACUGCAGGUUUAGAGCAAUUAAAAAAAAAAAAAAAAAAACAUUAUUUAUAUAAAAA